AGGAAGGCUUACUGCAUGCGAUCAUUACGACGUCCGGUAGCAGGGACCUUUCGUAAUUAUAUGAACAUGAAUUGUAAAAUUAUAGUUAGUCAUCGUUUGAUUUUCAACAUGAAGAGAUCUAACGUUCUGUAUGUCUUGGCUUCGAUUUGGCUUUAUAUCCAGUGGUGAGUAGCAUGUACAUAUGCAUAAAUAAUGUUUUAUUUAAAUUGUAGCUAGUUUUUGCAUUGCAGUGAUUGCAUAUAUCUAUACAGUAAUUUUGUUACAGAAGAUUCCUCAGAGAAACAUAAAGAGAAAAUUCCAAUGUCGAAGCCUUAUACAAUGACGAAGCUAGUCAAUUGUGUAUACGUUUACUCGAGAGAGGUUUGAACUCAAACUUCGUGGCUUCAUAUCUUAAUUGGACGGACGAGUUUUAGCCAUUUUAUGUGCACGGAAUAUCUUUGCCGCGACUAAAACCCUAUUCAUGCCCUGCGCAGUGUUUCGAUUCUAUAACACAACUAUCCUAAGAUAAACAAGAAGAGAAAAUAUGAUCCAACAAAGCCACUUUGCAAAGUAUUCUAGUGUACUUCGCUGAUAUAUACGUAUAGCAGUUUUUUUCUCAGGCAUUCUUAUUUUAAAAACAAAACACCUCCGAACCCCCAAGCAGGCAUCGAACCGGCGAUCUCGUACACAUAUAUGUACGCGUUAUAACGUACAUACAGGGAACUCAAAUGCUGCGUGGGCAAGAUGAUUUUGGGGGCAAUCUGGUUGAAGCUGCAAUGUUUGAAACUUGUCUGGAUUUAUUGUUGUGUAAUAGUAGACCUGAUGACAAAUUGCAAAUUAAACGUUUUUUUAGUAGCCAGUAAUCAGUAUAAGAUUAGAGAAAUAUAUAUUCAAGCUUUGUUACUCCGAAACGAUUUCCGAGUCCUUGAACAAUGCGGCAUUGUCCUUGAACAAUGCGGUUUUUAUUACAUUAAAAACCGUAUUAUUAUGGUGCGCGAUACUGUAUUUGUAACUGCAUAUUAUUAUAUUAAAGCGUAUAUAUUGUCAUAUACAGGAUAUUUACUACUUUGUGGAGCAAAAUUAAUAUAUAGUAGCUCUUUCUCUUACAUUUUGCUCAGAAAGACUUUUACAGUAUACUACUCUUAAAUCUGUAACAUAUUGUACCCUACAGAAACUUAAAGACAAAAGGGUAUGGGGGCAACCUAUCAGCUAAAUAUUCCUUCUCGCGCUUGCGUUUCUCGCCGAAUUUCAUUUCUUUGUCUUGCACAUCUGCAAGCCUGUAAAUUGCAGUGGAUUAAGCAGGGCAUUGAUCAACACCGUGCCACUUAGCCUCAUAUCUCGUUCACAUAGACUUCUAAAAUUACUGUACUUCAUAAAUUUUUCAGUUAAAGUGCUACUGCAGCGAAUUUUUCGACCCUCGUUUUUUUAGCUUUAUUAAAAGUGCUUUCCUUCCUGACCUGUUUACCACAAACAGAAUUGAAAUUGGUCAAUUCAAACCGAUUUUAUAGCCUUCCAAAGUGGCCAUUCUUGGUACUUUCCGUGCGAACUUUUGAUCGGCAAUGUUCAUGCCAUGUGACGUCAUAAGAUGAACAUGAUUUCAUCAUGGCGUAUUAAAAUUACAGUUCUGGCAGUUCUAACUUAGAUUAUUGCACGAAUUAUGAACAGCCUGAAGGAAUACCCACCCAUCCAUUUCCCAACAAGGAAACAGAUCCACAGAGUGAAAGAAAGUCAGUGAAUUUUAUCCGUAAACAUUGACCGCAGGUUUUCACGCAUCAGCGAACCUAGUGUUUUGAUUGAGCCCGUUUUGAAGUUUCAUGCUAUAUCUUAUUUCAUUGACAAAACCUCGUAAAAUGGAAAGAAUAUUGAAGGAAGAAACUGUUUAUACAAUUUACAUGGCUAAAAUUGUUCCCCUGGCUAAAGUCCAAGUAACAGACGCAAGGCAAAUAACUCAGGUAUAUAGUGAAGAACAUUUUAAUAUGUUCGCACACAUGAUGAAUAUUUUGGGCAAAUGAUGCUAUAUAUAGUUAGUCUAAAGUGUUCAACAUUUCUUAUGUUUUAGAUCAUUUGUGGUUGUAAAAAGACUCUCCUGUAUCCUGUUAUUAAGUUAGUUUCUUGUCCAGAGCAUCUUGAGAUUGAAAUAAAAACAACAAUUCAGUUUGCCUUGAUCUAGUUCCGUCAAGACUUCUGAUGACAUUUUGAGAGAAACGAUGCCAUUGGAGUUAUAUUCAGUCAUAUCAAUAAUACACAUUAAAUAGUUUAAAGUAACAAUAAAUAUAAUAAUACAAUAGUAUAAUAUUGUACUGCAUGGUACGCUUAUUAUGUGAGAAAUAUAUUUGUGCACAAAACAUGAGGGAUGCAACUUAACGGGUUACUUUGAAGAUUAAUAUAAUUUAAAAAUAUUAGAGUAAAUGUGAUAUUGCACAGUGGCACAAUUUUGACUCAGUGGUUAACUGACUCAGUCACAAUCUGCCUAAUGCAACUAAAGUCAACCGCUUUCUACUCAAACGUAUGGCAGCUGUGUCUCUGUUGUUGGAAAUUAUUUUCUUCUGUUUUCCCAUCCAAGUAAAACUAGCCAUUAAUAGAACCAAAGCCAAUAAUUGCCAAUUACACCUAUCGCCAUCUAUUAAAAACACAAUCAAAAUCAUUUUGAAUAUUGCGAAUUAUUAGGCUAUGAAUACACUCUAAAAACACUCUGGUUAAAUUCAACCAGGAAUUGGGUUAAUAAUCCACCCAACACAUUCUGGUUAAAUUUAACCCAUUUCCUGGUUAAAAAUUAUCAAUUCAACAAAAAUUUGGUACACUUUUUUGGACUUUUAACCAGGAAAAUGGUUAAUUUUUUUUAACCAGACUUGUGUAGGUGGAUUUUUAACUCCGUACUGGUUGAAUUAACCCAAAUUUAACCAGAGUGUUUUUAGAGUGUAUGCUUGUGUUUAUAAACGUUGUUAUAUUUUUGCCACGCACAAUUCAGUUUAUAAUAAAUAUUAAGUUACACACACCACAUGUGUUCAAACAAUAAUUAAAACACAGUACCGAGGCGAGCACAAUACAAUAUAAAUAUGCAUGCAAUAAAAAGGAUCUACUUACUCCACCCUUAUUUUUACAUGUAUUGUACCAUCGCUUGAUUGCUCCAACAUAGUCACAGAUGGUAGUUGGCACAGUUGCCUAUAUCUGCAGCGGCGUUAUAUAAUGUCCCUAUCUCUUCGUAUUUCAACUUUAGCCGGCUUAGCCGAGUCCAUACUCGUUGACUUCCAGAUGUAGUACUGACCCUAUUAUCUGAGUCUCUAACCGUCAUUUCCCCGUCAAAUAAACAAUAAUAUACAGUAGCACUUGUUCUUCGAUUUUUAAAAAUCAGUUAUCUGCGCCAUGUAAACAAGUGAAAUAUAAUAGAUAAAAAUUCCACUGCGAUAUGUUGACGCGCCAUAUAAUUUACUACAAAUACGACCUUCAUAUUUUCGUUUCCGUUCAUCUUAUGACGUCACACGGCAUCAAUAUGGAGGCGGAAAAGUUCGCACCCGAUAACGAACUUCAGAAGUUAAAUUUGGCAACUUCUAAGCAUCGCAUGAUGGUCUAAUAUAUAUGAAAAUGCUUCUAAAAGACUGAAUUUUUAUUUAAGCAAAAAAAACUAGGUCCAAAAAUUCGCUGCAGUAGCACUUUAAGAAAUGCAAUACAAUAUAUUAUUGCAUGCAAAUACGUUUGGGGCGAAGGGUUGUGUAUUUAAUGCGUUUAAGGUUGUCGAGAUACCUUUGUGGAUAUUUUGUAAUUGGUAUUUCGGUUUUUAGUUAGAUUUUUUAUUCUUUCUUAAUUUUUCUCUCCUACAACCAUGCAAUAAAUGAUAUUCUUGUAUACAUUGUUGAUUCCAACAUUCAAUUGAUAAUUUCGCCCUUAGUUCUGAGCCAAAUUGAUGCUCGGAAUUUCUUUAAAGAAACAAUUUCAAAUUUUCUGUUGAAAACUGGUGGAUGAAUGUUUGUUCAAAAUAGGUUCUAAUAUUUUUAGCAUCGACGCUUUCGAAAUUUCCCUCGAUGGAAAGAAAGAAAUUUGUUUAACAAUAAAAAAUACCACGUCUGAGAAAUGCGCUCUCAAACCGGAUAUUAUGGAGAUGAAAAGUUUGCUGUCAGAAAUGAAAAGCGAGAUUACAAAAAUGAACGCGGAAAUUUACCAAAUUAAAGAACAACUGAAGAAGACAAAGUCUGUACAAGAAGAACUGAAGGUAAGGUUAUAUAUUAUAGUGACUCAGGGACGUAGCGAGACCUGACAAAUGGGGGAUGGGGGGGGGAGGGGGGAAGCCAUGAGGCCGGGCUGAAGGUUUAGUAGUGGUUAUAUGUUUGCUGCAAAAGAGCUAUAUGCAGAGUUGGUGGCAUUGUCGUAUAGCCACAAGGCUGAGGAGGGGGAUUAUUGGUUAGAAAGAGCUUGGACGGUUGUGGCCACUAGACGAGGACCAACUACAAAUUUCCGAAUUGUAGCUAUCAAAAGUAAGAAUUGCAUGCUAUACUAUAUUUAGCUUUUCGAGGGUUAGACAGUGAAACACAAAACACCAUUGUUUGCCUAUCCACAAGCUUAUAGGCGUUUUAUAAAGAAAACUGAACGCAAUUGUGUAAGACUUAAUUAUAAUGUACUGCAUGUAGACAGUAAAUUUCAAAUGUAACUUAGUAAUGUAAGUUAUGUUGUUAUAAAACAAUACCUUGAGUGCCAGAGCCGCCAGCUGUGACAGAAUUGAGGACACGACGAGGAGGCUCUGGUCACACGAGCAUACAGCCUCGCUUUGGUGAGUUCAAUAUUUCAACUCUGUUUGUGAUUGGUCUGAAUUUAUGUUAGCCUUUAUCAUUGUUUAACCGAUGGAUGUCGGUUAACCAAUGAAAAGAGUCGUAUAAAUUUAGACCAAUCACAAACAGAGUUCAAAUAUUGAACUUGCCAAAGUAAGGCUGGAUGCUCGUUUGACCAGAGCCUCCUCGCCGUGUCCUCACUUCUAUCACAGGAGUGUCUGGCACCCAGGGUAAUAUUAGCAAUGAAGUUGGAGUUAAGUUGAUUAAAUCAUAACAACAAACGUCGAUUUUUCAUAUUGGCAAAACGUUCGAUUACUCGGUCUACAUCAACUGGUUCUGUAUCGUAGAUGCACAUCAUGGCUGUUGAUAUGGGCAAGAUGCUGGCAAUAGAUAAAAGGGCGUAAAUGCUUGGAAAAACAUUGGGAUCGCAUAUACGAUCAGUUGAUGAAUCAGUUGAACUGGAAAAUUCUCUCUUCCAUUUAGCAACCCACAAUCGAUACUGCGCUAAGGCAUUCAUGCCACUAGUAUCAUGAGGCACAACUUACAUUGGUAGCAUGAAGAAAUUGAGAAUAGUUUCCAAAAAGCUGCAUGAACUCUUCUUCCACUGCACCAUUUUUUGCACGGUUAGCUGGAAGCAGCGUAUCAAACAAACCAGCAAACGUCGUUUUCUCAUUAAAUCAAAAUCGAAAUUGCUCAAGAAUUGUAUCCAAAAAUGGGAUAUACACUGCUACGCGGAAAAAAUCUAGUCCGUAUCGUCAACAUCUGAAACAUCUUGGUUAUCUCGAUACAUUGAUAUUUGACAAACUCUUGGACAAUCUACUUUGAUUUUGAGGCAUGUUACUGUGUCGAGAAUCAAUUUUACUUUAAUUAAUUUUGAAGUAAGUAUAUAUAUAUAUCUAGCAAUAAAUAUUUCCAAAGGGGGGGGGAGCCGCGGCUCCCACCACUCCCUCCCCCUGGCUACGUCCCUGUAGUGACUUAUCACCUAUUGAUUCAACGUGCAUACGCGGUGAAAACACAAUUUUUUGAAAAAAGUGUUACGCACACAAAUUCCUUUAAAAGUUUAGAAACAUUUAAAAUUACCUUAAUAAAUUAAAGUUGCUAAUAUUUAAACAUACUUUUUAAACAUACUGUAAGGGCUGUCUCUUCCACAGUCCCUCGUUAUAUUUUAGUACGGGAGAAUAUGCCCGUUCGCAGGUUAGGCGUUGACAACACACGUCGGAAAUGCGAGGGAAUGUGGAAUCGUGUGUCGAAAAGUUGGCAGAAUAGUCGAAAACUCGGCAAUCGGGCAAAAUUGACAUUUUUCUCAAAUAUACAUGAAUUUUUGGACGAAAGUGGGACGAUACAGGCUUUAGAAAACUCUUGCAAGGAUUCGUGUGACGAAUUAGAUGUGUAAACGGAAAAUUUAUCUCUUUCUGACUUAAAUUACGGUGAGUGAUGAUAGCUUGUUUAUAUGCAAGCCAUAUGUUGGCGGAUGUGCCAUGGAUUUAUAUAUAAGGAUGUGUAUCUUAAAAAUAUAAACAAUUAGCGACUAGGUAUAUGAUAAUUGUAGUUGAUCAAGCAGUAAUUUUGUACACACUUUUUUAAAUAUAGAUGACAUAAAAGAUUUGCUUUCAAACUUGAUAGCGUCUGUUUUGGUCCUCAAUGAAAUAUGAGAAAUUAUCCUAUUCACAUAUAAAUAUGACGGUGGCGAUAUAUCUGGUAUUAAAGCUAGCUGAGUAUAUACAUCGUAAUUGGUAACUUGAUGGCUGUUGCUUUCCUGUAUUAAUGGCCGGGUGUCUUGUUGAACUGGUACACUUUGGAAGUACUACAUAUUUAUAGAAAAAUAAAGUUAUAUUUAAUAAAUAUUUAUUCAGUUUUUAAUACAUAAAAUAUAAUACAAUAAGACUUAUUUCUUGACUUAAGUGGGUAGGAUUAAAAAAAUGCUGUAUAUAUUAUUGCAAACUAAAUAAAUCAUGCAAUCUAUUAUAGAGCUACACCAGAUUCUUGCUGUUGAAAGUUAUACUUUCUUUGUGUCAUAUUGGCAUUAAUUGCAACAAAUACCAACAAUGCAAAAACAAGAUACAAAUUGUGCAUUGACCAAUAUUAAAACAGUGUACUGCAUUGACUAAUAAAAAAAGUUUUCUGAUAAACUUAUCCGUUAGUAAUUUACUCUGUCUAACAUAGUUCGGAAAUGGUCUGUAACUAUAUCUCCUAUUUUAUAAAUAUUCCCCCUAUUACAAACUGUUAAUAACCUCUUUCAGAGAGCAAAAUUUGACAUUUGAACUGGUAGUUUAAUUAAAAACCACUUGUUCUGUAAUUUCUACGAUGGUUUUCUUAUCAUGCCCCUCGCCCCUCCUUAAUUAACACAUCCUCUUUAGUAAUGCCGCCCUCUUAUUGGCAAACAAAUGAAACACUUUUAAUUUUUUCAAGGUUUAUCCUCACAGCAAAGAGGUUUUAAACUAAGUUGUUCAAUCGAGAAUGGAACGUAAUAGUAGGGGGAUGCUCUGCCAGCUCUGGUGCCGAGUUGUGUCGGUCAUGUCUGCCGCCAGCCCAUCAACUUGCUUCACUGCUGCAAAGUCUUGCAUGACUACUGUAUUGUAAUUGUUGUUCACAGUUCGCUUAUCAUCAUGUUAUUACUCAAAUUACUCUAUCUCAUUUUGUCUCUAAUAUUUUUUCCCUUUAUCAUGAAAAAUAACACCCUCUCUGGCCAGGGCUAGGGGAGGGGGUGCACACCCACUCCCCCCAGGAAAUCCAUCCUUGCAUGUGUCUAAUGGCCAUGUUUUUGCUUGUCAUACAAAUUCAUACAAAAGUCUAUAUUCCUCUUAUUAACAUAUUUAUGGUUGAACAUAGACUAUCGCAGAUAACAAAGUAGCCUGCCUCGCAGACAACCUUAAAUGGCUCAGAGCCAUAAGGAUGUGUGCGAGGCUGUUGCGUAUCCAGCCCGACUAUUUGGUCCCGCUAUGCAAAUAUUUUCAUGUUCAUUGACUGUGAAAACAAUCAAUUUCUAAAGAAAUGAAUAAAGAUAAUAAUUUUGAAUUUGCGUAGCGGGACUAAAUUGUCGGGCUGGUUACGCCACUGGUGCGAGGCAGGCUAAUAACAAAGCUAUGACUAAAGCUAUAUAAGCCACUGCUAUCCAGAAAAAUGUACUGUAAAAGAAGGAGAGUGCUAUUCAUGUCGGAGCCAUUCUUUUAAAAGGAUCUCAUUAUCUUUCAUUCGAAUUUGGCACCAAUAUGGCAGCUGUUAAUUGUCUUCUAACUCUCAAGGGUUGGUUGCAAGUCAAGAAUACCAUAAACCUCUGACUAUAAGCCCUUCGCUUACAUUCUUUUGUAAGCAAUUUUUGAUGGGCUUAUACAGUACAUGGGUGCUCUUUUCAGUCUUGUGUUAGUAUAUAAUAAACAAGUCAGUCAUAAACAGGAAAAUCUAGACAUGUAUUAAUAACACAUAAAGACAAUGAGGUGGGGGGGGGGUAUAUUCGGGGGGAGGGGCACGCUGUAACAAAUUUGAGCUAUUUUAGGUUCAUAUUUAUGUCUCGAUUUAUGUUUAUCGUUGUAAAAGAGCAUUCGACCACAAUAAUGUUCCCUUCAAUGUUUCCAUGUGUUGCAUCCAUUGCUUGUUUGGUAUACCAACUGAUAUUUUGCAUGGAUUAUUAUUAUUAUUAUUAUUAUUAUUAUUAUUGUUAUUAUUAUUAUUUUUAUUAUUAUUAUUAUUAUUAUUAUUAUUAUUAUUAUUAUUAUUAUUAUUAUUAUUAUUAUUAUUAUUAUAAUUAAUUAAUUCUCCAAACAUUUGGUUUUUCAGAUUAAUAUACAUGUAAAUUAUAUCUAAAUUAUUCCAUUGUAUAUUUACAGUUUAAAAUCGUUAAAAUUAGAUAAGUUCAUUAAAAUUUUAAAAGAAAGAGUUCAAGCAGAUAGUUAUAAAAAUUACUUUUAAAGUCUUUACAAUUGUCAUAUACAGUAAUGUUACUAGGUAGAGAGUUCCACAGGGAUACUGAUCGGUAUUCAAAUGUUCGUUGUCCGGCCGCCGAUCUAUAAGCUGGAAUGUUUAGUUUUUGUUUAUUUCUGGUGUUUCUAUCGUGUAAAGAUAAUUUCUCCUGAAAAUAUGAAUUGAGAUAGUCAGGGGCUAGUCCAUUCAAACAUUCGAACGUUAGAACGCCAACAAAGUAUUUUAACAUGUCUGGGACAGGUAGCCAAUUCAGUUGUUUGAGUAUUGGAGUAAUAUGCUCAUAUUUUUGUGUUCCUGUGAUUAUUCUCGCCGCGAAGUUUUGCACUUUUUGUAAUUUUUCUAUGUUCUUCUUAGUCGUACUGGACCAUACGUUUGAGCAAUAAUACAAUUUGGAAAAUACUAGGGACGAGAUGACAUUUUCCAAAAACUUAGUGUCAAAAAGAUGUUUAACCCUGUUUAUCUGACAUAAGCAAGGGUGGGUAGUAGCGAAGUAGUUGUAGUUCGAUACUGUAGCGAACUACAAUUUUCAAGUAGCCAGUAGUUUUUUACUACUUUCUUAAAACAGUAGUUGUAGUUAUAGCGAACUACAUUUUGCCUAAAAGUAGCCAAGUAGUUGACUACUUUUCAAACAGCGAAUCGCUAUUCGCUACUUUUUUAAAUUGUUAGCAACCGUUCAUAGAAUAGAAUGAUAUUAAGACGCGGUUUGCUUAAAAGAUUAUUCUAUACAGUAAAGAUUAUUUUAGCGCAAUGAAAAGUGGGACUCCUGAACAAUGUAGUGCUUAUAAAAAUGUUGCUUUGACCCUUUUUGUUUACUGUUGCUACUCGUAAGUCGAUUUGUUGUAGGUUAUAUUACAGCCAGAGCAAGUGGAUGCUCCAAGUACCGUAAAACUAAAAAAUAUAGAGUAGCGAAAUAGCGAAAUAGUUCGCUACAUUUUUUAAGCAGUAGCUGUAGUCAGUAGCGAACUACCUUUGUUGAAAAGUAGCAGUAGUUGUAGCUGACUACAUAUUUUUGAAGUAGCUGUAGUUAUAGCGAACUACAAAAAUUUGUAGUCAACCCACCCUUGGACAUAAGCUCGCAAUACAAGUAGAAACAGUGUUUGCUAUAUUUUCGUUAAAACUUAGUGUUGAAUCAAGUUGAAUCCCAAGAUCGCUUGCUGAAAUAGUCGGAUUAAUCCUUUUCUCAAGUAAUGCCACAUAAAAGUCAUCCGGUAAUUGUUGCAAUUUUUUGUGUGUUCCUAGUACUAACACUUUGGUCUUGUCUGGAUUAAUUAGUAGACUAUUGUGACAGCACCAUGCUGUGAUUUUUGACAGGUCUUCAUUGAUUUUCCCCAUAACUUCAUUAACAUCCUUGAUGGGAAACGAAAGAUACAAUUUUGAAUCAUCUACGUACGAUUCUAAGUCACCGAAACUCGGGAUGCUGGGCAAAUCAUUCAAAUAUAUAUUGUACAAAGCAGGUCCUAAUAUCGAACCUUGCGGUACACCAUGAGUGAUAUGACCUGGUUCUGACACAACUGAGCCAAUCUUCACCUGCUGCGUCCUUCCGGUCAAGUAACUUUUGAACCAUUCUAAGGCGCCAAGGCUUAGGCCUAAUGCUUUUAGCUUUGUUAAGAGUUUGCGGUGAUCAAUACUGUGAAACGCUUUUGACAAAUCCAGCAAUACUAUGACUGUGAGUUCUUUUGAGUCCAUUGCUUUAAACACUUUGUCUGUCAUAAACACGCCAAGAGUCUCACAUGAAUUUAGUUGUUUAUUACCACUUUGAUGUUUACUUAGGCACUUCUUUUCGUUCGUAUAAGAGGUUAGUUGAUUUAAAGCAACUCGUUCACAAAUUUUAGAAGUCGCUGAUAGUAACGAUUGUGGUCGAUUGUUAUUUGCCACUUCGUGAUCUCCCUCUUUAAGAAGUGGUAUUACUUCUGAUAUUUUCCAGGCUGAUGGAAAGACUGAAGUCUGUAACGAGCGAUUUAUCAUGUCAGUAAUAACUGGGAGAAUACAUGGAAGUGCAUCCUUUAUCGUAGACAUUCGUACUUUGUCAUGGGCAGGAGCUUUGUUCGAUUGGAAUGCCAUAACUGUCCUUCGUACUUCUCCACACGAGACAGGAACAAAACUAAAAUUUUGUGACUCAGCGACAGCCAGCGAAACACUUGUUGGAGGUGCAGGCAGGUUAUAUAAUUCUAUUAAAGAUGUGCAAUCUUCUGAUACUCUCCUACCAACUGAGGUGAAAAACUGAUUAAACUCAUUAGCAACUUCUUUCAUAUCCUUUGUGUAGACUUGUUGAGUGCUUUCUUUACGAGGAAUACAAUUCUUAAUUAUCUUCCACUUUGAAUUAGUGUUGUGACUGUGCUCUAGUUCUUUCCGUACAUAUUCCCUUUCGGCAUCUCUCAGUUUGGAUUUUACUUCUUUUCUUAGUUUACUAUACAUUUCCCAGUCUGUUGUUAAUUUAGUACUUCGAGCCGUUUUCAAUAGGUUAUUUCUGUAUUGCAUAAGUUCGCGAAUUUCUGUGCUAAUAAAGGGGCAGCUGCGGUAUUUAAUCCUCACUGUUUUCACAGGUGCAUGUGUUUCCAGUACAUGGAGAAACCUCUCAUUGAAAUGGUCUAGCAUUACAUUUGCAUCAUCCAUGAUGGAAAUAUCAUACCAAGGUAUUCGUUGUAAAUCCGCGAGGAAACUAUCAGGCUUGUAGUUUUUGUAGGAUCUCACACAUUUAUAACUAGGUGGCGGCUUUAACAUCUUAAGUUUCAAAGAAGCAUAUAUUAGAUAGUGAUCAAUAAUGUGAGAUAAAGCCACCCCAUGAUUUUCUACUAAACUGACAUUCGACGUCAUAAUAAUAUCAAUAAGGGAAGAUGACGUUUCUGUUACUCGUGUAGGUUCUUUUAUCAAUUGAGUUUGAUUCACACUUGUACAAAAAUCUAGUAGCGACAUAGCCUCUGGAGGAUCCGGUUUCAGCAAAUCAAAAUUUAAAUCACCUACAACAAUUAUCUCUUUUCCUAAUGUGAGAGCAUGUAUAUAAUUUUCCAUGAAAAUAUCAUGAAAGGUUGAAGUAGGACAAUAAUCAGGCCUAUAUGUCACACAGAGGAGAAUUGAUCUUAGUUUCCUGAGUUGUAUUAGCAUCCAUAUAGCUGAUGAAAUCCGAAUUCAGAUAUCCCUGUUAUAUUUUUGAGACAUUUGACUUUAAUGGACGAUUUAGAAUAGACACAAACACCCCCUCCAGUCUUUCCCAAACGGUCCAAUCUUGUUAGUUUAAAGCCCUCGAUUUCUACUUCCGCGUUUGUCACCGUGGAGUUUAACCACGACUCUGACAAGGCUAAAAUAUCAUAGUUCCUAUCCUUCAUAAGUUCUCGAACCUGUAUAAGAUGAUUCCUAUUCUUAAUUGAGCGAACAUCUAGGUGGGAAAUUCUAAGUUUCGAUCAUUGCAUAUCCGAAAGCGGUUUUGGAACAUGUUCUUUUGUUAUCGCAGUUAUGGUCUUUUUCCUAGAGUUUACAAUUUGAAUAUUUACUAGGUUCGAAAUACUUGGUCCAUUUUGAGUCAUAUUCUGUGUAGGGUAGCGCGAGGUGAUUCUGACUGGUAUUCUCAUUGUCUCAUCAUGCGGUACACCACAUCCAGAUGGAUCAACCACUCUAGUGAGUGAUGACGAUGAGAUGUUCGAUAUGAUGGUGGUUUGAUGUUCUGACGUUUUAAAAAAGGGCGUCGACCAGGGGAAUUACGUAUAUUAUUAUGCCUUGGUGAAGUUAAAGGCUUUGAAUUUGUCUGACAACAUUUAUAAUACACGGUGUCGCGGUUUUUAAAAACACUACUACUUCUACUUUUAGUGUUGCAGAACGAAGUUUGGUGAGCCUGGUUUAGUGUUUCAAUCAACGGUAAGCGACCUAACCAUUCGAUAUUAUUCCGUUGUGGAGGUGCUAAGACGAAAUAUUUUCCAACAUUUGGUUCUAUAUUAAUUGCUGUUAUCAUUGGUCGCUUGAGUGAUUGGGGUUGCUGCUCGUUCUCUGGUAACAGAAAUUGAGAGCUGUGCUGCUUCAAGUGCUUAUCCAACGUAUGGAACGGGUCCAAAGAAGAGCAACGAAGUACAUUUUAAACCAUCCGUACUUGUGCAGUGAGACUUAUCGGGAACGACUUGCCAGUUUGGGUCUCUUACCGCUAUCUUACUGGCACGAAUAUUUGGAUCUCGUGUUCUUUUUUAAAGCGGUGAACGGCUUGGUCAACGUGUCUCAUGACGUCCUCCCCGAAAUCAUGUCCCAAACCAGAACGACCAGAUCCUCCAGUGGCAACCAAAUCUCCUUCCGUCCGGCCAAAUGCAAAACCUCUACCUACCAACGCUCCUUCUUUAUUCGUGCAUCCAGAUCUUGGAACUCUUUACCAACUACACUAAGAUCUCCUGACAUUAAUAUUAGGCAAUUCAAAACCGAUUUACAAACUUACUACCUGACAGCCCUGAGAGAAUGCUUCGACGAAGAAGAUCCGAGGACAUGGAAGACUAUUUGUCUGAAGUGUAAUACUAGUCGUUACUUAUGUUCUGAACUAACUUGUUGUUUUUAGUCUCUUGUCCAUGUACUGUAUGUUAUAUAUUCUGUACUGUAUGUGUAUUUUUGUAUAGGGCCGACAGUAAUUGGUUUACACUGUUGUGGUGUCCCUGCCAUUUUUGUCCGUGUUUAUUGUCUAGAUGUCUAUUUGCUGUUCUGUUAAGUGUUUUUGGCAAAGUUUAAUAAAUAAAUAAAUAAAUAAAUAAAUAAAUUGAAUCCUUUGAGUGAUUAUUCAUUUCGGACACUGGAGGGUCAAGGUCAGAGUCCACGGUUGGUUGGUUAACGUUUUCAUGACUGUUAUUAGUUUCAGGUGAACAGCCACUAGAAGUAAUACAGACAUCAGCAUUUACAGUUGGGAAAGCAUUUUCUUUAACCAUGCAUUAGACUUUCCAGAUCCAAACUACAGUUCGUAUUUGAUGUAUUCGUUGACAGCAAUUUGACUUCUAACUCUGAGAUACAUGACUUUAAAUGCAAAUUUUCACAGUUUAAUUUGCAUAGCUAUUGUUUAUUUGACUUAAUGAUGUUAUUCUGCUCAGAGAGUUUAUAAGAAAAAUUUUGCAGCUGUGCCUCAACACUUUCCUUAAACGUGAAAAAUUGUGAUUAAAGUUUGGCUAGAUUUCCAUCAGUGUGUCGGUUAGAUGGAGUAGACAUGUCCGUCGGUUGGGCAAAAUCAGGCAGCCCAAAAGCACUACAAAAUGACCUGUCAAUAAAGCCCUCAAGUUCCUUUAUAGUAGAAGCAUCAGAGCUUGUUAGUAUAUCAUCGUUUUUGGAUAUAUUAAAUAGAGCAUCUGACUGAGAUAUAUUACUUAAGUCAUCGAUAUUAGACAAGUUGGUUAAAUUCUCUGCGUUAGGUGUAAUAGUUCUUUCUACGGACGCACUUACAGCGCAAACCACUUCAUAGCAAUCAGCUUGCUUAGGCGUCGGCUUGAGGUUCUGAGUACUUUAACGUAGAGUUCGCUUCACAAAUUUUUGUUAAAACGUCUUUCAGCAAAUACCCUUCCUUUCUCUGGAAUAGGAGUGUUCUUUGUUUACCAUAAUACCAAGUAAUUGUUAUGUUAGAUUUGCAGUUUGAUAACUUCUUAGAGUUCACUCCCGGCGAUGUCCAUUUGCCGUUCAGGCCAAUAACUGUCUCGAAGAAAUAUUUUAGAUCUUCGAAGUUUUUAUUCCAUUUUAAACGCUUGCCAUCAUAGGUUAAGUCUAGUUCAUCCUUAUGAGCAAGGAAAGCGUCUGGAUUCAAACUUUUUAUACGAAAAUCUGAACAUUCUGCGGAGCAGAGACAAGCACGACCAUACGCCAUUUUGUCAUAUACAGUGAUUGGUCUGCAUUUCCCAGAAUUUAUUACUCCGUAAAUUUUGGAAGCUUUCCUCGCAUCUUCGGCAAAUACACUGAUUAACAUCUCCUUCCCUGGAAACUUUGAACCAACAUCCACCCCACACCUAAUAGUUGUAUUAUCAACAAAUAUUAUAAUAUGUGCAUAUUUUAUCCCUGCACAAAAAUAUUAGGGACGCAAAAAUUUGCUAAACAAGCUUUAUUCACAACUGUAAAAGAAAUUAUUCAUGAUAUUAACUCGCCUUUGAUUUUUUCUCAUACUGAUAUUGAAUAUAUCACAACACGUUUCUUCGCCAUACAAUACAUGCGUUUCAUCGUCAAUGUCGAAUUUUUAAAUUAAUAUCUUGCAGCGUGAUAUUUUUCUUAUGAGCCACACGAAAAUGUUGCGGUAAUCCAUUUACUUCAAAAGUAACACAUUUCCCACACAUUCUAACUGGAUAGACAACUUUAUGCACCAUGAAACGCCUUUAAGAAGUUUCUGCCCUAAUUUUUGGUCCUUGGAUAUUGCGUCCGCCAUUAUGUAUGCACGCCAUCUUGAAUGCAGGAUUUCCCUGUCGCUCGGAAGCCUAACCCAUUUCCAUGAUCCAACGCGAGCGACUGGGAACGAGUAAGCUGUAAGGGCGUUUCACUAUUGGUUGGUUCUUAGACAGCAGUGUGAUUUCAGCACGAGUCGCACUCAUAUCAGUUCGAUUUCAAAAUUGCUCGCAUCACUUUGAGUCGUAAUGACAUGCUUUUUUGAUCAACUCAUAAGAGAGUGCUCAUGACCUCAACCAAAAAAUCAGAUUUAAUCCGUUUUAAGUGAAUAUGAUCACGCAACUUGAAUGCACCAAAUCAAGGCUUGAUAAUUCUUCGUAUCUGGCAAAAACCUAAUUCAACAAUUGUUUUAUUAUUCGUUUAAAGGAUGAACAAGACAUUCCGCACUCGUGGGUUCAAUUAGCGCAUAUGUUUGAAAGCCUUUCGUGCUUUCACAUUUCGCAUUCGUAUUCCCACUGCAUGACGUGAUGACAUUGAAUCUGAUUUUUCCAUAUUCAUCGUUAUCUCGUCGCUCUGUUGAAAUUUUAUGUCAAAACUCCAUAUUUGAUCAGCUAUUGAGUUGAUAUAACGAUUUCCUAAUUGCCUGUUACCCAAUCCAAAACUAUGAGUCAUUUGGAUAAAUAAUGAUCAUGUAUAUUUUUUUGGGUAAUUCACUUUGUACGUUAAGUUUAUCAGUUUAGAUGUUAAAUUUAUCGCACGAGUUUGUUGAAAAUGCGAUCUAUAUCAUAGAGCAACAUACACUGCAUGCCUUUUUCGUAUAUCUUAUCACUAUCAAUAGCCUACCAAAUUAAUAAUUUCGGUUAUAUUUAGUUGCGUUUUUUCACAAAUAUAUGCAAUGACUUCGCAAAACAAUUAAAAAAUUGGAAAUAUCCUAAUGCGCCGGUCUGCCGAGGAUAUAAGAGAUCGAUCAUGAUGAGAGUUGACAAGCGUGUAUUUGCAUGAACAGUUUUCCAAUUCCCGCGUGCUAGUCAGACCAAGCAAGAGUUCUGUGAGAGCUCGCGAGAGUCCAGUGGAUAAAAGCAUAGGGUUCCAAAACUCACAUCAAUGCUCAACAAAAUUUGAGCCGGGGCGAGGGUACUAAUUUCGUCCGGCUAUUUACUCCCGGGGAAACGAAAGCUUUAGCGAGGUCUAAAGUUCAUCAAUGAUCGCAGGCGUGGGUCACCAACGAAGUUUCUGUGGGUGGCCUUCCUCAAUGAUCUCAAAAAUAUGGCGGACUGUCAUGAAUAGCGGACACUGAUUGGUCAAAUUUAAAGUUAGCAUUAUAACGACUGCAUGACGACAGCGAAAUAGCAAACAUUUCGUGAUUUGAUGAUUGAUGAAUGAUGAUUUCUUGCAAAUAUAUUUCAUUUUUGCAAGAUUAGUUUGUGAAUUUCAAAUACUUUUUAAGGAAACAAUAACUAAAAGAAGGGAGUAAAGGCACCGACGUUAACGAAGGUAGGUUUGUUUUAAAUAUUGAUGUAUUGUUCGCUUUAUAACGUCUUUGAAGUCGAUCGUUGCGAUAUUUUUAAAGAAAAAUACAGCAUAUAACUUCAGUGUUUCUUUAUCGAUCAACCUUUAUUAUUAUAUUAAAAAAGGAAGAAAAGUUGUUUGAAUGCCAGAAUUCGAAAUCAUUUUAUUUCAAACUCAAAGUUUUUCGAUAAAGCCUUGAAAGGCAGUUUAGUUUUAUAAGGAACAUUUUAAAACGUCUUGCGAAGCGUUUGAGGUCGAAUUUUACUUGAAAUUUAUUUUAAAUGAAACUUAUUUUUUGUAUAAUAACAUACUUAACAUAUAUAUAUUUGGGGAGUUGAAAAUUUGGUAAUUAAAAGUAAUAAUUUUAGAGAAUUUUUCAUUUCUAAAAAUAUUCUUGACAAAAUUAUCGUGUUACCAUGACAACUACUUCAAAUACUUCAUGUUCGGAAAAUACUAUGGUUUUGUCAGCAAGGCGAGGGGUUUCUGCAUGCAUGUAUUUUGUAGUAGUCCAGGAGAAUUGGUGGUGACAUACGAGUGAGAUUUGCAACUUUAAUCAACUCUUAUUCUCAGUUGAUUGCAUUUGGCUGAAGAUAAGCUUAUGAUUGGUUUUGUUUCCCAGCGGUGUGCAUAUUCAUAUAUGUGUGUUCUCCCCUACUGAUUUCUUUUUAAAGCGAUUGCUUUCACGCUAUGUGAAAAUGAAUAUAUGAAUAUACACGCACCCCUCCCCCCAAUUAUCGCGUCUAGUGACGGCCCUGUUUUCUCCAACGUCAAUCUUUCAUGACCUAAACCGACCUUAAUAAUUUUCUAAACGACUAUCUCGCGUAUACGUAAGAUAAAUUGUAAACUAAAAUUAUAAGCAUAGCAAAGAAUAUUAUAUUCUUUAUUUUAUUUUAUUUAGCCAACAUCAUAUAUGAUUCAUGCCUGAAUGCAUUACUCGAUGACAGGUGAGUAAAAGGUCUCCCAUUCGUUAAUUUAGAAAUCCAGAGCUAACAUAUAGUGGAAAAUAUUCUAAUUCCAUUCGCCUAAUGUAUUUUUGGCACCUGAGGGCACAUUGGAGCAAUGGUCGUCAUCUAAAAUGGCAGUUUUAAUGUCAGGUGCGGAACGAGAGGGACUUUUAACAUAAACGAGACAGUCAUUUCAUACAUGGAGAGGGUCGUGAAGCGAAUUCAUUGCAUUUUGCUGUCCAUUCUGUUUAAAUACAUGUGGCUAUAAAUCUUUAUUUUUAUUUCAAAAACUCAUUAAUAAUUCAUGAACCAAUUAUCCAAUCUUGAGUAAGAAAUUAGUCACGUGCAUACGUCUUUAUACCAGCUAAAGAACACUUUAACAAAAGACCAUUGUUAUGCAAACUAUAUAAAGAUUUUUAUAUAAAGAUUUUUAUAUAAAGAUUUUUAUAUAAAGAUUUUUAUAUAAAGAUUUGACUUAUUAUGCAUACGUUUUUGAAGUCAUUUAAAAAACUCGCGGGUCGUGUUUUAUUAGGUCUAAAGCCACUCGCGCUGCGCGCUCGUGGCUUUAAACCUAAUAAAACACUCCUGCUCGUUUUUUAAAUAGUACAUGAAUAACUGUCCAAAAAUGUUCAAACGAGGGAAUGAUAUUGUGUCUGAUUGAGAACGUUUUAUUAUAUCAGCAUGGAAAACAGCAGUUAAGUUGUACGAGCAUCGGUAAACGCUUUACAAAGCGUCGAAAUUUUAAUUCGGACAAAGUUAUCCCGCUUUGGCAAUAAAAUAAAAUAAAAUAAAUUUAAAACAGUAACAUUGUGCUGCAUUUUCCUCGCUGUCUUAAUAAGAAUAGAAACAAGCAACAUUGUUCGUUUGUGAAAUAUGAUGCUUUGUUUUUAUUAACUUUUUGCCUAUUUUUCUUUGUAGUUGUGUAAAAAAUGGUGUUUAUCGGAUCAAAGCUAAAACUGCUGAGAAUUACAGCAGUGUGUAUUGUCAUAUGACAUCAUUACCAGGGUGUUCUGGAGGUGGAUGGACGAUGGUGAUGAAAAUCGAUGGAAACAAGGUGAAUGUUUUUAGAAGUUAUACAUAUAUAUUCAGUGAUCUCAAGGAUAGUGUAAAAUUUCAAUACUACAUGCACAAAGUUAAUUUUGCGUGAUCUAAUUGUUUAAAUCAUUCGACUGUUUGAACAUUUUUUCUGACCUUCAAUUCAUUCAAAUCAGUAUGAAUAAUAUUUUCUCAUAAGUUUCGAUUGGCUGAUCAAAGGAAUUAAUUUCAACGACCGGAGACACAUUUUUUAGUUUCGAAGUACUUUUCAUGGCUUUUUAAACUCAUUGUUUGUUUUCAUAACUAGAGGUAUAGAAGUUUUAUUUCAAGAUUUAAAUUAAAUAAAAGAAAAUGGAAAAGGACAGAAUAUGUAACGGCUGUACAUGCAUGAACACAUACGCUGGUCGGUGUAAAACUUAGUAUAUAGCAAAAUCACGGAAUUGUACGCUUUUAGAAGUGACCUCGGUGUACCUGAAGACUAAGAGAAGUCUUAAGUGAGUUUUUCAUGUUCAUUGGAUUAAUGAAAUUACUUCUUAACAAUAACAUUGCAUGUAAGUUGCUUUUCUAUCAAAAUCCCGUCUUCUUCCAUGCGAAAUAUCCAAUGUUUCGUCUAUAAACGACAAACGUUCCUGCCGUUUAAGCUUGUCAUUCAGGUGCAUGGGUAUUCGAAAUUUACCCGGUGGAUAUAGCGACCUAAGUAAACGCGUAUGUUAUAACCGGUGCAUGUCCCAAUUAAUUUUAGGAACACUAAAAUUCGACGCUAUAAAACGGUUAUACUAAGUGUUUAUGUUGUAGAUCAUUUGAGUAGGACUAGAAAUACAUGCAGGCAGUGACCCCUCGCCAAUAUUUUCCAGACAUUAAAUUAACAUGAAGUAUUCAGAAAUGGCCCACUGAACGCAGGCUCGCGCUCAAGUGUUGCCAUGACAACACCAUAUUCUUUAAUUUUUAAUUUAUUCAUGUUUUUUAUACAAAACUGCAAAAUAGUUGAAAGAUUCGUACCUUUAAGUGUACAACAAUAAAUUUCCGAAAUAUGUACUGUAGGUAUAUUAGUUUGCAUUUUGUAAGCUUUGAUUUAAUGUAAAAUUUAACGUGAAACGCUUCGUAAAAUGUUUUGAAACCUUCAUUCAACUAUACUCUAUAGUUCAUUUGCCGAUAAACUAAUAAUAAAACAUAAUAAGUUAAAUAUAAAACAAAUUGUUAGGUACUUUCAGUUCAUUCUUCAAAUCAAUUUGGUCUCCUUUACAUUUUAAGAUAUUUCCUCAAAUUAAACGGUAAUUUAUGAAAAUUAGUGCUUCGUUGAAAAGGAAAACAGUUCAUGUUUUUAGCCAAAAAGUUAAAGCAACAAAAUUCGUAAACAUUAAAUAUUCAAAGGAAACUUGCCGUAUAUUUCACGAUUUCCCAUAGUAAAUCAAUUCUUCUCCUUUCUUCAAACAAAAUUGCUUCAAACUUGUUGUUAUUGAAACGAUUUUCCAAAUAUAUGUCUUUUAAAAUUGAAAUCUUCCUCAUCCCACUCCUACAAGCAAUCAGCCAUAUUUUUGAGAUCAGUGAGUAUGACCACCCACUCAACACCGUUGGUGACUGACGCCCGCGAUAUUUGAUGAACUUUAGACUUCGCUAAUGCUUUCGUUUCCCCGGGUGUAAAUAGCCGGGAAGAAUUAGUACUUUCGCACGGCGCUUCGCGCCGUCGGCUCGGGGACAAUAUAGCCAACAUAUAUAAGCUUCCACUGUCAUUAUAAAACGCAGAACAUCAGUGAUAAACCUCAUUUAGCACGCGUACUUGAUAAUAUACAUAUAUAACAAAUGAAUAUAUGCUUCACCACAUAAUUGUUGAAUCGACUCUUGUUGCAGACAACAUUUUCUUAUUCGUCCGCUUACUGGAGUAAUAUGAAAAGUUAUUCGCCGGGUGAUGGUAAAACCGGGUUAGACGACAGGGAAACAAAACUGGCAAAUUACUGGAGUACACCAUUUAAGCAGCUAUGUGUAGGAAUGAAAGUUAAUAAUUCAGUUCAGUUCAUUCCAAUAAGCUACUUCGCGAAUUCUUUGUAUGACAUCCUCGCAGGCGGCAAAUUCCAUUCAACUGUCAUUCUUCGUAAUACAUGGAAAUCCCUGAAUGUUGGUUCUUCCCUUCAACCAAACUGUGGACGACAAGGAUUCAAUGUUGUCGCUGAACACAACCAACAUGCUCGAGUUAGAAUCGGCAUUAUCGGAAAUAACGAGAACAGUUGUAAUAGUGCAGACUCCUUUCUUGGAUUUGGUGCAAUAGAUGCGAAUCAACGUGGAUACUGUAAUUCACGAAACAUAGUCAAUAGUUGUGGCAACAGCGCCUAUUGUGGGGGUGACAAUGGUGACAAGGAAGUGAGAGCUAUGGCGGUUACAUAUUUGCUCGUUAAUACCAUAUACACACAGAUUUGUGUUUGAUUGAAUUAUCGAAAACGGACUACGACUAAUAUGUUAAACAUUGAUUUAGUUUAAGUAAGAUGAGAAGACAGAACAUUAGAAUAUAGUUGAUUGCUGAAUUAGAUUUAUUUUUUCUGUCAAUUUUUCAAGUGGUUUGCAUGAAUAAAAUGAGAUUUGCAUUGAAAUCAGCGUAUAUGUAUUUUUUGCAAGAACACAUGAUAACCACUUUUGUGGUUUCUGUUACUUUAAACAAAAUAUAAGGAAACUGCACAGAAUAUAAUUAUAAACUAUGAUAAUAGUAAAAUCAUAAGUUUCCAUAUAGUCUAAGGUUUCCUUCA